AUGUCGUCCCCUGCAACAAAACAAGUCGCCGUCGAGUUUCCCGGCCUAAUCAAGCAAUACACGGACGGAACCGUGGAACGCCUAUGCGAAUUCCCGACUGCCCCGCCGAAUCUCGACUCGCCGGACCCAAAAACCGGCGUCUCGUCCAAAGACGUUACAAUCUCCGACGACCCCAAAAUCUCCGCCCGCAUCUACCUCCCGAAAUUAGACGAAUUAGGGAAGAGGAAGAAGCUUCCGGUCUUGGUCUACUUCCACGCCGGCGCGUUCUGCUUGGGAUCGGCCUUCUCUGCUCUGCAGCACGGCUAUCUCAACUCGUUGUCCGCGGAGGCUGAGGCGAUCGCCGUGUCGGUGGAGUACAGGCUGGCGCCAGAGCAUCCUCUGCCUGCUGCUUACGAGGAUUCAUGGGACGUCCUUCAGUGGGUCGCGUGCCAUUUCUCGGCAGCCGGAGAUGGGGAAGGGGGAGAGCGGUGGAUAUUGGAGCAUGGGGAUUUGGACCGGUUGUUCAUCGGCGGGGAUAGCGCCGGCGGGAAUAUCGUGCACAACCUUGCCAUGAGAGCAGGGGAAGAAGGGUUGUUCAAAGGCGAAGUGAAGAUUAAGGGCGGGUAUCUUCUGCACCCGUUCUUCUGGGGGUCGAAUCCCGUCGGAAAAGAGCCGAAAGAGAAUCAUCAGAAUUCACUCCCGGCGGCGACUUGGCGCUUCGUUUACCCGUCGGCUCCCGGCGGGCUGGACAACGCGAUGUUCAAUCCAGGGGCCAAAGGAGCGCCGCCAUUGGCCAGGCUCAAGUGCGACAAGCUGCUGAUUUGCGUGGCCGGGAAAGAUCAGCUGAGGGAGCGAGGGGUUUGGUACUACGAGCUGGUGAAGGAGAGCGGGUGGAAAGGCGAAAUAGAGUUGUAUGAAGUGGAAGACGAGGACCAUUGUUUUCACUUGUUUAAUUUUGGGACCGAGAAGGCUGAAACCAUGAUUAAACGCUUGGCCUCUUUUAUUAUGAGUUGA